AUGUGUACAGACUUCACCGAUCUGAACAAAGCUUGCCCAAAGGAUGCAUAUCCCCUGCCUAGCAUCGAUCGGCUGGUAGACGGGGCCUCGGGGCACAACUUCCUGAGCUUUCUGGACGCAUACUCAGGGUAUAACCAAAUCCCUAUGUAUGGCCCGGACAGGUCUAAAACGGCGUUCAUCACAGAUCGAGCAAACUUCUGCUACGAGGUCAUGCCGUUCGGUCUGAAGAACGCGGGGGCUACCUAUCAGAGGUUGAUGGAUCGGGUCUUCCACGAACAGAUCGAUCGGUCCAUGGAGGUCUAUGUGGACGACAUGAACGUGAAGUCGCAGACUGCAGAAGACCAUGUACGCGACCUCGGCGAGGUCUUCCACCAGGUACGAAAGUAUAACAUGCGUCUCAACCCAGAGAAGUGUGUCUUUGGAGUGCCGGCGGGGAAAUUUCUAGGUUUCAUGCUGACCGCCCGAGGUAUAGAGGCGAAUCCGGACAAGUGUGCUGCUAUCGUUGAGAUGAGAAGUCCUAAAAACUUGAAGGAGGUUCAACGGUUAAUGGGGCGGUUGACUUCUCUGGCACGUUUUCUGCCCAAGCUGACAGAGAAGGUUAGGCCGAUCCUGAAGAUCAUGAAGAAGCAGACAGCGGAGAAGUGGGAUGAUCAGUGCGAGGUGGCGUUCCAACAAAUAAAGGAGAUGAUCAGCAGUCCACCGAUAAUGAGCCAGCCGGUAGAAGGACUACCUCUGCAGUUAUACUUAUCGGUAUCGGACGAUACAAUCAGUGCAGCCUUAAUACAAGAGGUCCCGGAGCAGCGACCCAUUUACUUCAUCAGCCGGGUUUUACAGAAUGCAGAAACAAGGUAUCAGCUGAUAGAGAAGAUAGCCUUGGCGCUAUUAACGGUCGCACGACGGUUGCGUCAGUACUUCCAGAGUCACCAGGUGAUCGUCCGAACCGAUCAUCCUAUAGCCAAGAUACUCCGGAAGCCCGACUUAGCUGGUAGGAUGAUCGCGUGGUCGGUUGAGUUAUCCGAGUUCGGCCUCAAGUACGAACCGAGAGGAUCUGUCAAAGGGCAGCAUUUGGCCGACUUUGCAGCCGAACUUCACGGACCGACCCCUGCAUCCGAGCAAAUGUGGAUUCUCUUCGUUGACGGGUCGUCGGACAAACGAAAUGCUGGAGCAGGAAUCGUCAUCGAGGGACCGAACGGUUUCUCGGUGGAGCAGUCCUUGCAGUUCAAGUUUAAAGCCUCGAAUAACCAGGCAGAGUAUAAAGCGCUGAUCGUCGGGUUAAGACUAGCAAAAGACUUGGGCGCCACGAGAUUGAAGUGUAACACGGAUUCGAAGCUCGUGGUCGGACAGGUGCAAGGUGAAUACCAGGUUAAGGAUGAUUUGCUGCUUCAGUACUAUCACAAGGCCGUUGAAGCCAUGAAGAAAUUUGAGGAGGUUACCAUCCAUCACAUCCCCCGAGCGGAGAACGCCAGAGCCGAUAGGCUGUCUAAACUGGCAGAAGGAAAGGAGAAGGGCCAAUUGAAGACAAUCAUCAGGCAAACCCUGAUGAAACCGUCUGCGGGUGAAUGUGCCGCGGCAAGUCGAUCGGCCGGUUGGAUGGGCGAGGUAUGGGAGCUCUUAAGGAGGUGCGAGGCUGGAGAAGAAAUCAGACCGACGGAAAGAAGGCAGGCGCUCCGAUUCGUGAUCAUCGGAGAUGAUCUAUACAAGAGAGGCUUCACAGCGCCGCUCUUGAAGUGCCUGUCGGCAGACGAAGCGGAGUACGUCAUGAACGAGGUCCAUAACGGCAUCUGCGGAAUGCACACCGGUCGGAGAACGAUGAAAGCAAGGAUACUCCGAGCGGGAUAUUUUUGGCCGACCAUGGAACAAGACUGUGAAGCCCUGAUACGCAAGUGCGAAGGAUGUCAAGCCCAUGGAAAUGAUGUGAAGAAAGCCCCGACCGAGUUACACAGCUUAACAGCCCCAUGGCCAUUCGCUCAAUGGGGCAUGGACAUCGUCGGACCUUUCCCGGUUGGCCGAGCGCAGAAGAAGUUCAUACUUGUGGCAGUGGACUAUUUCACGAAGUGGGUAGAAGCAGAAGCAUUGGCUAACAUAACCGCUCGGCAGGUCCACUCCUUCGUCUGGCGCAACAUUAUAUGUCGCUUCGGCCUCCCCCACACGAUCAUCACUGAUAACGGUCGUCAGUUCAUCGAUAAGAAGCUGAAGGACUUCUAUAAGCAGGUAGGGAUACGGCACGUGACCAACUCGGUCGAGCAUCCACAAACCAACGAUCAGACUGAGUCCAUGAACAAGGUGAUAGUGGCUGAGUUAAAGAAGAGGUUGGGAGAAGCCAAGGGAGCGUGGGUCGACGAGCUGCCACAAGUCCUUUGGGCCUAUCGGUGCACGCCUCACAGAACGACCGGGGAAUCUCCUUUCAACCUGACGUAUGGUACAGACGCCAUGAUGUCGGUCGAGGUUGGGGAACCGACCCUUCGGCGGGAAAUGCAAGACUUGGAGGUGAAUUGUGGACGAAUGCGCGAGGAGCUAGAUUGGACGACCGAGCGAAGAGAACGAGCAGCCGUGCGAGCUGAAGCGUGCAAGAGAAUGGUGGCGAGAAGGUACAAUGCGAAGGUCAAACCAAGAGGUUUCGUCAAGGGAGAUUUAGUUUGGAGAAAAACCAAGGACGCACGAAAGAAGUCAACACAGGGAAAGCUAGCACCAAAUUGGGAGGGCCCGUUCCGCGUGACCGAGAGCCUGCAGAACGGAGCCUAUCGGCUGGAGCACUUGAGCGGCAAAGAAAUACCCAACACAUGGAAUGCGUCACACCUCAAAAUGUAUUACAGUUAA